GCCCUGUGAACAGCAAAAGAUAGGCAGCGGUGUUCUCUACUGUGUUAAAGGAAUUUGAGAUCAGGUUUCAAAAUUGUAAAAAAAAAAAUCAAUUUUUUGGUCACUUGCAACUCCAUUUUCAGUCAACAUAAAUACAUGAGCUGCAAGUUUUCAAAUGGAGCAUACUGAGUUGCAAUCAAGUAUUAACUCAAAAACCUUAUCAUGUCUAUUUACUAGGCUUUUAUAAGCCCUACGUUAGAGAGAAAUGUCUCUCACUUCACAGUCAUGUCUCGUACAUGUAAUCACUUUUUGGCAGUAUGUGCAUUUUUAAACAAUUGCUUUCAAGGAUGAAGCAUGGAAAAAAUAAAAUUUCAUCACAAAUCUGAUGAACACCUGGAGAACUCACUAAGAAUUGUAACCACUGCCAUCAAGCCAGACUGUGGCAUUAGUUUCAUAAAAACAAAGUCAAAUAUCCCACUAGUUUUGGUUUUGUUGCUCUCUUUUUUAUAUGUUUUGAUUAAAAAAAAAAAAACAUUAUAAAUGAUAGAACUUAUUUUAAUUUUUAUACAUUAAUUAUAUUACAUAUUUUGUGAGGAUUUUUCCAAAAUUGAUUCCUCCUCUUAUUUUGUAGGUGCACAACAUCAGAUGCGGAUGUUGGUGGUAUGGCAGCAGAAGUUGAACCUUCCUGCCAAUAUUCUGUUACAUUUGGUUGCCAUAUGACACAUGGCAGCAGAAGAACAAUCUGACAAAAUAGGGUCUGACGUGGAAGUGCGUAUGAAGUAAAGGCGUGUCACUAAAUUACUUCAUGUGGUGAAAAUGGCACCCAUUGCCACUCAUUGACACUUGCUGAACACUUUUGGAGACCAAACAGACGUGAGCACAGUGAGGUAGUAGGUAGUACGUUUCAGCACUGGCAACAGCAACAGUGGGUUACCUCUGCUUGCACAGUAUUUUACGAGCAUGACGUGCAGGCUCCUGUUCAGUGCUGACAAAAAUGCAGAGCUAAUGGUGGUGACUGUCGAAAAAUCCCAUUUUGUAGCUGAGAUUUUGCUGUGUCAAGCGGCAUUAAUGUGUUCAUUGUAACUGUUGUAGUUUCCAUGGAAUUAAAUAGGAAGCUUUUCUUUCAUAGCGACCUAUAUAUAUGCAGCCUAAAACAAUUCCUUUUCACUUAAAAUGGCCCAGACAAGACAAAAACUUGGACGCCCAUGCUGUAACUGCUUGAAGACAGAUCUUAAAGUAUCUUUACAGCAAAACAGGUGGAAAGUGUUUUAAAAUAGGCUUUUCAUGGAAUCAUUAAGGUUGGAAAAGUCCACUAAGAUCAUGUAGUCCAGCUGUCAACCCAUCACCACCAUGUCCACUUAACGAUGUCCUUCAGUGCCACAUCUACAUCUUUCUUGAACACGUAGAGGAAUAGUGACUCCACCACUUCCCUGGGCAGUCAGUUCCAAUGCCCAACCACUCUUCUGGAGAAUAAUUUUCUCCUAAUAUCCAGCCUGAACGUCCCCUUAAGGCUGUUCCCUCUCAUCCUACCACUGUUACCUGGGAGAAGAGGGUGACCCCCACCUCACCACAGCCUCCUUUCAGGUAGUUAGUUGUAGAGAGUGAUAAGGUCUCCCCUGAGCCUCCUCUUCUGCAGACUGAACAAUCCCAGUUCCAUCAGCCACUCCCCAUAACACUUGUGCUCCAGACCCUUUACAGCUUUGUUGCACUUCUCUGGAACACUCCAGGACCUCAACAUCUUCCUUGUAGUCAGGAGCCCGAAACUGAAGACAGUACUCGAGGUGCAGCCGCACCAGAGCUGAGUAAAGAGGGAUGAUCACCACUCUGCUGCGGCUAACUGCACUAUCUCUGAUAAAGCCAGGAUGCCAUUGGCCUUCUUGGCUACCUGGCCACACUGCUGGCUCAUGUUCAGCUGGCUGUUGUGUUUGCAGUAGCCCAAAUCCUGUCUGAGUGACCUGCUGGAUUGGUACCACGGGGACCAGCAUUGGUGUUCACACAUUGCAGUUCAGAGAUUAUGAACAGCAGUAAUUAUAAAUGAAAAUCCAUGCACUGCUGUGCUCAGAGCCUUGUAGCAAAAAGGUAAGGAAGUUCAUCCUUGAGCCUGCAGAUGCUGAAAUACUACAUUCUUUUACAUUCAGCCAUACCUUCUCAUCCAUGGUUCUAGAGAAAUAGUAUGAGUAGAGAUGUAGCAUUUCUGUGGUGGUUAGGUGGUUAGAGACGACUGUUAAAAGAUGGGAACAUAAGUUAAUUUUGAUGGCUUAAUCUCUUCUAAGUUAUCUGACAUGGGGCAGCUGCUGGGCUCUUCUCACUCCUGCAGCUCCCCAUCUACCACAACCGUAUUGUGUAAGCCCAGUAAUACAUGUCACCUUGCUACAGAGUAACAGAGCAUGGUUGCAGAGGUGAAAUAGGACAAUAAACACAACUUCAGGGCUGAAAGAGCUUUUUUCCGAGACUGAAUUUUGCUUUUAAGUUAUGCAGGAUGAUAACUGAAAUCAUUUGAUCUGGGUAACUAUAGUUGUUUUACUGAAGCAUUGAGAAGUUUGGAGUGACAGAAAAAUAACAGUGAAAGCAUAGUCUGUGAAGACAGCUGCAAGAAUUCAUUAAUAAUGAAUACACAUUCAGGAAGGCUGGUUGAAUGCCCGACAUUAACACUCCUGCUAGUGAAUCUACUGCUCUGGUACAGUCCCCUGUGAAAUAUUGUCAGAAACUUGUAAGUUUGUAGUAGUUUUGUAUGAAAAACCAGAAAGUUACUAUAAAAUAAAUGAAGUAAAUUGACAUGAAAGUUGGGUGUGUAUGGAGAAGAGCUUUUAGCUGAAGCUAGUUUUAAUUUACUGUUGGAAAAUAAAUUUCAUAGGGAGGUAAGAAUGGACAGAAUGCAUUAAGUUAUGAAAUCAAAUCUGUUGCAGGUAGUUUAUGAUAUAAUCCCAGUGUACCCAGCUCCAUGUAGAGCUAAUUAGGUGGUUUGCUCUGAAACAUCCUUCUAGUAAACUGUAGCUACUCUUCUGGGGAAUAGAAACCUUCUAACUUCCAUGCCAGAUGCAGUCAUUUGUUUGAGGUUUAGAAUUUUUAAAUAAGGGAAAAAAGUAGCCUUGGAAAUAGUUCUGCAUGCUUGGCUAAUAUCCUUGUGAGUCUUAACUUUUAGCAGCAUACAUACAGCUGUUAAAAAAAAAAACAAAAAGAACACCUUUUUAAAACUAAGUUUCUUGUUAAGCAUAUUACAUUCAUGCAUUUACUUGUAUUCAGGUACAUACUCAUUAUUUUGCCUAUUCACAAUUAACCAUAGACUACUAACAAACUGCUGUCCAGCCCAUCAGAGCAAAUAAUUGUUUUUCUCUGUGCUUUUUAUUCCAUUUCACUAUAGCUUUCUGUGGCUCAGAAGAAGCAUAGAGCCCUUGCUGUGUCUGAAAGCUAGUUGUUAGAAAAGCAGAAUACUUCUUGUUUGACCAAGAAGGGUGUUUUCACUGAUUGCAGUAAAAGAACCAGAGUAUGAAAUACAAAUGUUGUGCAGGCAGGUAUAUUUUAACAUUCAUAAAGUUUGUUCUCGUAGCUCGUCGUCAGAUGUAACAGUGUUGUGCUGAAAUUUUAGAAUUACGCAUUUGAAAUUCCCUUUUAUGUUUUUAACAUUUUUUUUUUCCACUUCACAGAAGAGAAAACUGUAAAGCAGAGUGCUGUGGAUUAGGAAUAUCUUACUCUUCCCAGUUUCUUCUGCUUAAAAAGAUUAAGGCUACAGAAAACUUACAUAUUAAAGGAUUAGUUCUUGGACCUCUGUAUGAAAUGGUGUAUGAUGUAUACCUUUACAUAUACCAUUUGCCAAUAUGCUUUAUCUUCUUUUGUUUGCCAAAUACUUUGGUAAGUCAGGUCUUGUGGUUGCCUUUCUAAUGGAUGUAUUUCCUUACAGACAUUUCUCUAAAGAUGAAAAAAAUCUUUGCAGAUUUAGCAAAACUUUGUUUUACUGUUAUCUGCAUCUUAGAGGGUUUGUUACUAAAAACUGAACUUCAUGAUAAAAGACUGAGAUCGGCAGAAUAGCACAGAGUUGAUGACUAACCUUUGGGAGAUGAUUCAUUGAAUAAAGAAAGGGACAGAUGUUACUUUUUAAUCUUCUAUUUCUUUAUUUUCCCCUCUUGGAUCUUAAGGAAUGUUUUCUUAUAUAACCUAAAUAUUUAAAUGUUUUUAGAUCACCUUCCCCCCCCCUCCCCCCCCAAGAAAGCCAAUUCUGCCAUAGCUGAAGGCCAGAUCUAUGAUAGCAGUUGGACUCAGUGUGGCAACUGUUGCAUUUGCAGGUCGUUAUGCAUUCCACCUUUGGAAGCCAUUGGGGCAGGCAAUUACAGAGACAGCAAAAAAGAUUUCAACUUCUAGUCUUUCAUUAUACUAUAAAGGAGGAUUUGAGCAGAAAAUGAGUAGGCGAGAAGCAAGUCUUAUUUUAGGUGUAAGUCCAUCUGCUGACAAGGCCAAAAUCAGAGCAGCCCAUAGAAGAAUCAUGAUCUUGAAUCAUCCUGAUAAAGGUGGAUCACCUUACUUAGCAACAAAAAUAAAUGAAGCAAAAGACUUGCUGGAAUCCAGUACCAAAAACUGAAAUCCUAAGACUUGCAUCAUAGAAAAACAAAGGAAAAAAAACAGCAGAAAACACACACAAAACCACCUAGCUUCUUAUGCAUCCUUCUCUGGGAGAUUCAACAGAUACAGUGUGCAGCAGUUUUCAUAUCUUUUUGUUCUGCACAGUUGUUUAACAGUCCACUGGAUGUUUAUAUUUAUUGUUGAAAUUAAAGGUUUAAGAUCAUUUAAAAGCAAACUGAAUUCUUUUACGGUUAUGUCUCAAUUUUGGUGUAUUUUUACUGAAUUUUGACACAGCUUUAAGAAUUCUCCUAAAAUGUUUUUCUUCAGAAGUAGUUCUUUUGUGAAACUUGUAACUUCUAAAAGUUGAAUGUGUCUUGAAUAUAGACUUUACCUUCAUUGAUGAAGAUGAUAAUUGUCAGAAAAUGUGUAAUGUAUUCAGUCAGUGCAUGGGGUCAUGGCAGACUCAUGGCAACUUUUCAGCAUCACCUUACAUACAGUGGAAAUGAAGAAGGCAUGUCCACAUGAUGUGGGGUCAGAUGGGUUUUUACGAUCUGUUUAUUAGGUAAAUUAGUCAUGUCUGCCUGGUAUAUGAUUGAUACAGCAGGGAACAAAUGUGGGUGAACCCCUUACUGGCAGUUUCUUUGCUUAUUGCUUCGUAUAGACUUUCCAAGUUAGGUCUACAUUAGUUCUCACAUCACCCAGUUGUGGGUGGCCAUAUUUGGUUAUUUCCUUGAAAGGAUGAAAGCAUAUGAUGGUUUUCUGUUGUUUUGUUUUUAAUGUAUCACAUAAUUGCCAUUUUGUCACAAUUUCCUUGUAUUAGAGAGAGAUGACAACAUUUAAUUUGACUCUGACAGAAAAUACUAAAUGUGGGUGAUUUAGAGACUACUUGACAGUGUCAUAUAACAUCUUUUGACUGGAUAAAGCAAAAAAGGAUGCAUGGAGAAUCCUGCUUGGUAGUGGGCACACACACUUUUGUCAUGUAACUAAUGCUUUAAUAUAAAAGGCUUGUGUAUGAGCAGAAAACAAACGUAAACUGUGAGGGUUGUCACUGUGGGGGGAGAGAAAUGGGAUGGUGGAGUUAUCCCUGGUUUUCUGAAGUGGAACCUGUAUGUGAUCUGAGUCAUUGCCCAAAAUGAAAAUUGAUGUCUAUGGUCGGUAGCCAGAAUAUUCCUCCUAAUAAUUUUGAACUGACAAGCUGUUCUUUGCCUUUUCUGUUUGCUGAGUAAAAUGAGGUAUAAAGAGCUAAAGUAUUGGGUGAAGCCAAUGCAUGGGAGAUUGCUAGGUUAGUUCUUUUCUUAUAAAUCAACUUCCUGUAUCUUUAUGGGAAGUAUGUUUUUAUUUUUCCAGUUUUGGGCCCCUCACUGUAAGAAAGACAUUGAGGCCCUGGAGCGUGUCCAGAGGAGGGCAACAAAGCUGGUGAGGGGUCUGGAGCACAGGCCUUAUGAAGAACGGCUGAAGGAGCUGGGAUUGUUCAGUCUGGAGAAGAGGAGGCUCAGGGGAGACCUUAUUGCUCUCUAUAACUACCUGAAGGGAGGUUGUAGUGAGCUGGGGGUCAGCCUCUUCUCUCGGGUGACUAGUGAUAGGACUAGAGGGAAUGGCUUCAAGCUGCGCCAGGGAAGAUUCAGGCUGGUUGUUAGGAAAUACUACUUCUCUGAAAGGGUGGUCAGGCACUGGAAUGGGCUGCCCAGAGAGGUGGUGGAGUCACCGAGCCUGGUGGUGUUCAAAGAGCGUUUGGACGUUGUGUUGAGGGACAUGGUUUAGCGGGAACCAUUGGUGAAGGGUGAAUGGUUGGACUGGAUGAUCCUGUGGGUCUUUUCCAACCUUUGCGAUUCUAUGAUUCUAUGAUUUUUUGUCAGAUUGUGGUGUUGGUCAUUUUCUUCCUGAUCUCAUUAUUCACAUCUGAUCAUAUUUUGGAAGAAACACUUCUUUUUCUGCUGUUCAGUUAUGAGAAAGAUUGUCCUCCUUGAUUAAAAAAAAAAUAAAGUCCAUGCUCUA